UUUGUGAACACUGAUUUCACUGACAUCUUUUCUAUUUUUACCUUUUUACCGUCCUUUUAAUCAAACCGCACAUGUCCUCACACUUGUUUAGCCACACAGCACAUAGUUGUCAUGUGAUUUAAAUGUCGUAACUUACCAAAACAAAGUCGGUACUACGUCAUUUCUCUCCGCUGCUCGCUCCCAGACCUGUAGAGAAUACUGUGUGCCUGUAACAGCAGCUGUGGGUCCCAUGCUUGUUUGGAAUCUGACUUCAGCACGGCGUCACUGUCAGGCCUAAAAAUAACUGAAAGACAGGCAGCUCGUCCCAGUGACUUGGCGAAAGCUUUUCAACAUGCUGCCCACUCGGUGUUGAUCUCACUCGCCGCUCAGCUACAGAUUUUCUUUGUUGUUGCUGGAUACAAAGAUGACUCUUUAUUCCGUUCUCUGUUUCUGUGGUAAGCUCUAAACUCGACUUGACCAUCCCCCGCUGAAAGACGGUUUGACCCCCAUUCUGACCUGCAGUUGACCAUGGUGCGCAACGUGGACGACCUGGACUUCUGCCUGUCCUCCCACCCUCAGAGCAUCCUGGAAGGGUUGCGCUCCCUCUGCUCUCACCCCAAGCUGGUCGAUGUGACGCUGUGCGCGGGCGGCCGCGACUUCCCCUGUCACCGCGCCGUGCUGGCCCUCUGCAGCGCGUACUUCCACAGCAUGUUCUCGGGGGACUUUGUGGAGAGCAUCGCGGCACGCGUGGACCUCGGCGACGUUGACCCGGACAUACUCGGCUGCCUGCUGGACUUUGCGUACACGGGCAAGCUGACCAUCAACCAGGGCAACGUGGAGGGACUGAUCUGCACGUCCAGCCGGCUGCAGUUCCAGACGGUGAGGGCCGUCUGCAGCCGCUACCUCCAGCACCAGAUCGACGCGACCAACUGCCUUGGGAUCCUGGAGUUCGGUGCGAUCCACGGAUGUCCUGAGGUGAUGGCCAAAGCCAGGGCCUUCCUCUUGGAGAACUUUGAGGAGGUGCAGCAAGGGGAGGAGUUUCUGCUGUUGGGACGGGAGAGGUUGGUUGCGUGCCUGUCCGACGAAGGGCUACAGAUCCGGACAGAGUGCACCCGCGUGGAGGCCAUCCUGAAAUGGGUCCGGCACCACAGUGAGUCUCGGCUCUGCCACCUCCCUGAGCUCCUCACCUUGUCCCGGCUCCCUCUACUUGGCCUGGACUACCUGGCCGACACUCUGCUGAAGGACAGUCUGGUGCAGGCUUCUUCCAGUUGCAGAGAGGCGGUGGAAAAAAUUCACAGAGAGAAGAUUGACAUGGCGCCGGAAUACACGGACAGAGUCGACUCCAUGAGUCCGCAACCAAACCUGGAAGAGGUUCUGUUGGUCAUGGGAGGUCGCUCACUGGAUGACUCGGACGAUGAGGACGAUGAGGAUGAAGAGGACAGAGACCCAAGGCUGGUGCCCAGGAACUGUGCCUUCUACAACACAAAGACAAAACAGUGGCAUGAGCUCCCGAACUUCCCCAACACCAACAAGUGGGGUUACGCCCUGGUCUCCCUGAACAAUGACGUGUACGUCACAGGCGGCUCGCGAGGCUCCAUUACCAACACCUGGUCCACCACAGAGACCUGGAAGUACAUCACAAGAGAGGGGAGGUGGGUCACCGUGGCACCCAUGCUGCUGCCUCGCACCAACCACACGUCAGCGACGCUCAACGGCGAGAUUUACGUCAUUGGAGGUACAACGUCGAACCGCGUUGAGGUUGAGCACUACGACCCAUACAACGACACCUGGACCUUGACGUGCCCCGCUUUGAAAUACGUGACUAAUUUCACCGCCACAGCGUGUCACGGGAAGCUCUACGUGAUCGGCUCGUGCGCUGUGAAGUAUAACGCUUUGGCCAUGCAGUGUUACAACCCUGUUAUAGAUAGCUGGAGCAACAUAUGUUCACCCUUCAUCCCUAAGUAUUUGUCCUCUCCUCGUUCUGUCUGUGUGGGCGGGACUAUAUAUCUGGUUGCUGACAACACUAAGAAAGUCUUCACUUAUGAUCCAGAGGCAAACAUGUGGCAGAAGGUCCAGCUUCUUCACAUGCUCCAUGAGAAUGGCGGCCUGGUAACGCUAGAUGGGAAGCUGUUUGUGACCGGGGGUCACUGGAAAGGAAUGGAGGGGGACUACGGGGUGGAAGUGGAGGUUUACAACCGAGCGGCCAACACCUGGGAGGUGGAGUCCUUCCUGCCGAGACUUUGGUUUUACAGUGGGGUCUGCACCAUCUUCCUAGACCCAUCCCAGUGGCCCCAGCUUUUCCCCCUUGAUUCAACAUAAUGUCCUCUUGUCCUGAUGGGACUAAACUCAGGGUUGAGGAGUUCACAGAGACAUGUUCCUCUCACAACGAUGUUACAAUGCAAAAGAGUGUUAUUGUACCCUAGAAUAGUGGGUUACAUGAUAUCCAGGGCUUCUUAGCUGUUGUUAGAGUGCUGCUUGGCUGCUGAGCUGGUUACUUAUACUUUGUAUCAUGUGUUUGAGAUCUAAAUUCCUUUGUGUGCUUGUAAAUCAUUAAAUCGUUGGAGAGUAAGUAUUGUUGUUAUUGGUUGUAUAUCACUGAUUUGGAUCUGGAAAUGCUCAAAUUGAUAAUAAAAUGUGCUCCUCGGAACUGCUC